GUUUUUUUAAAUAUUUUAUAACCACACUAGUUUGCGUUUCCAAUAAAUCCUUUUGAUUGAAGUGAUACCGGCACACGAAAAACCGUUUUGCGGUUAUGGUCUCAUACGGUUACAGCACCAGACAACACGUGACAGUAACAAAUGCCAACAAACAAUUUUCCGCGCACGCGCUUUUUACACAAAUUUGCGCCUUCUGCGAUGGACAGGAGAACUAAUUUAACUCCCCUCGCUGCCUCUCAAACCCCGCACCCAUGUUCUAAUAAUUCGCCAUUUUCCCCUAUUGAGUUGGCCGAGCCUGGGUCUAGUGUUGAGGUUAUGUUGCUUUUCUUGAUCUCGAAUAAUAAUAUAUAACACAAACAAUAAUAAUUUUGAAAAAGUAUGUACAAAUUGUUCAAAGAAACAAUCAUAAGAACAUCUGGAAAAGGUUUCGAGAUGUCACAGAUGUCACCUAUAAUUCUUCUGUGACCAGAUACCGGAGCACAAAAUUAAAAUACGACAAAAAAUGCCGUACUACACAAUUGAAAUACGGUCACAUCGGUAACCAGAGCUAUUGCUUAGGAGCACAGUAGAUAGAGGAAAGAGUGAGAUGCAGAAGAGAACAAGAACAAGAGCUUAAGCUCAUUUAUACAUCUCACUUUUCUUGGAUGCCUUCAGCUUCAAUUAGUUCUUCGUUGUCAUCAUCUUCCAAGGGGAGUUCCUCAAUAGAAAGCUGAUGAUCGACUUCCAUUUUGAUUGUAGCUAUUACAACAUUCUAAAGCAAUCUGUUUACAGAUAUUGAGCAUUUUUGAUCAGCCAGCGAAAAAAUAAAGGCGCAUAAUAUCUCUGUUCAUAUGGAUUCUGAUUUAUAACAUGGAGAAAGAGGACGAUUUUGUUGUUAUUGUUAAAGCAAAACCUGUUCGCAAAGUUUUUAAAGCUCCAGCUAGAGUGAGCAAAAUACCUUCAGAACUACUUAAUGAUACGUUCAUUAAUACAGCUGUUUCUGCGUUACCUUCAAACUAUAAUUUUGAGAUACACAAAACAAUAUGGAGGAUUAAAGAAAAUAAAAGUAGUCGGGUGGGAUUACAAAUGCCUGAAGGAUUGUUGAUGUUUGCUACAACUAUUGCUGAUAUCAUAGAGGAAUUUACAGAAGCUGAGACUGUCAUUCUAGGAGACGUGACUUAUGGUGCCUGCUGUAUAGAUGAUUUUAUUGCAAGAGCAUUGGAUAUUGAUUUUUUAAUUCACUAUGGACAUUCUUGCCUAAUUCCUAUAGAUCAGACUACAGGAAUCAAAUUACUAUACAUUUUUGUUGAUAUUAAAAUCGACGUCGCGCACUGUAUUAGAUGCUUGAAAUCAACGCUAUCAGUAAAUAGUAAGAUUGCUCUUGUAAGUACAAUACAAUUUGCCGGGAGUUUUCAAGGAAUUGCAGCAGAAAUGAGAAAAGACAAUUAUGAGGUAACAAUACCUCAAAGCAAGCCGUUAAGUCCUGGAGAGAUUUUAGGUUGUACAGCGCCAAAUAUUCAUUGUGCAGAUGUUUUAGUAUAUAUAGGAGAUGGCCGAUUUCAUUUGGAAGCAGUUAUGAUAGCAAAUCCUAAACUGAGAGCUUUUCGUUACGAUCCAUAUGAGAAGAAAUUAACUGAAGAAUUUUACGAUCAUAAAUUGAUGCUUGACGGUAGAAAAGCGUCGAUAAGUCAGUCUGUUGAAGCCAAAAACUUUGGAUUGUUACUCGGUACCCUUGGUCGACAAGGAAAUACUAAUGUCCUCUUCAAUUUACAACAGAGACUAAACGUAUUGGGAAAAACAUAUAUAAUUAUUUUACUUUCGGAAAUAUUUCCGAAUAAAUUACAACUCUUCAAGGACAUAGAAGCUUUUAUACAGGUUGCAUGCCCAAGACUAAGCAUCGACUGGGGUACAUCAUUUAAAAAACCGCUCCUAAAUCCUUUUGAAGCAGCUGUCACUUUAAAUAUGAUAAUAUUUAAUGAAGAAAAGCCGUAUCCAAUGGACUUUUAUGCAUCCGCCAGUCUUGGUCCCUGGGCUCCAAAUCACAAGUUACCUGAAUUGGAAAGGCCGACAAAUUCAUGUUGUGGAAAAUGUAAAGAUGUGAAGUAGAAAUUACAUGAAAUUAAAAAAAUAUAAUUUUGUAUUUAUAUUAAUUAACCAACUAAUAUAAAAUAUUUUUGAAUAU